AUGGCGGCCCUUCGUCUAGCAACACAACGCCCGAUCGGGUCAGCGCAAUGGAUCAUCCAAGAAAGGGAUCAAGCUCAAGCCUUUGUUGACCAAGAGGUUGAAGAAUUUACUUUCGCAAUGCAGAAUGAACUGACGUGGCUCAAUGAGCAUAUGGAUGAACUGUUCACCCAGGAGCAGCUAAAUGUUCCAGAGUUGUUCAAAACCCCUGGAAAACUCCGUGGAAAGACCCCUCGAACGGCCCGGCGCCCCGCGGACAAUCGCAUGGCUUUAUCAGAGGUGUUCACAAACAAAGUAGCAUCUCCCAUCCCUGACAAAGACAUUGAAAUGCCUAAGACGAACCGGAAAACGUCCACGCAGCGUCUAUUUGAGAAAAUACGGAUGCUGGGAGACAGCCAAAGAAUGAGCACGUCACGAGCUACUCUCUCGAGCAAAGAAAUUGAGAAGUCGGCACCAGCGGCAGGACAAACAACAGCAGGCGCGAGUACUUCAAGCAAGCCUAAGGCUCUUAUUGUAGCCGCAAAAAAGAAGGAACAAGAGGAAUUAGAGGCUCUGCAAAAGGCUGAGCAGAAGCUGGAAAUUGAGCGCAAGAGAACAGCCCAAAAGGAGGAGGCAGAAAGGCAGCGUGCAACCCUAGCAAAAGAGGAAGCAGAGCGCAGAGAGGCAGCGCAAAGGGAAGAACUAGCGAAACUGCGUGAAGUUGAAGAAAUAAAAGAGCUAGAGCGAAGGAGAGCUCAAGAAAAAGAAGCUGCGCAGAAACAGUGCGAGGCGGAGGAGCGAGAAAUGGAGCGCCAACGAGCUGCCGAGCGAAAGGAAGCGGAAAAGCAACGUCAGAUUGAAGUCGAGAGCCAGCGUCGACUCGAGGAAGAACGGCAACGGGAGAUUGAAGCAGAAAGGCAACGUGAGCUUCAUGCAGAAAAGCUGCGAGACAUCGAGGCCCAGAAGCAACGCGAACAGGAAGCUGAGCAACGUCGGCAAGAAGCGGAGAAAAGGGAGACGGAGAGACUGCGAAGAUUAGAGGAGGACAAACAGAGGGAACUAGAAGCGGAGAAGCAGCGCGAGGCAGAAGCAGAGUCUCAGAAAAGACGCGAAGUCGAACUUGAAAAGCAACGACAGUGGGACUGGGAAGCUGAGAGACAACGGGAGCUCAUAAUUGAGACUAGAAGGAAAGUGGCUGAAGCGCAUGAGGCUGAGCGGAAAAGGAAAGAGCAAAUUAACGGCUUACGUGCUGAAGAGCGUCAAGCUGCCAUUGAAAAUGCCAAGAAGGUAGUCCCAAGGGCAGCCGUAGAGAAGAGGCGCUUAGAAGAAGCAAAGAAGGCCUUGGAGUCAAAGAAAGGAGAGUCCCAACGUCCUCCAGCGAUUCCCACGCUAACGCGCAUGGGAAGUGGUUUGACGCAAUCUGUGCAGAAAGAGAAGCCGCAGCCAGCACAAUCAUCUCACCGCAGUGACUUGCCUACAGCGCGUACUCUUACGCGGAUGAACCUUCUACAGGAUUACAAUCGCCUGACGAACACAGUCCCCCAUAUCAAUCCGGCAAAGCCGCCGAAACGCACUCUGCAGCAAGAGACGGCGGAGGAUAAUAUACAGCGUGGAACUGCCAGCAAAUCCGGGCCAAGCUACCAGCAGACCGAAGCAAAGCGCAGGCGGACUAAUGAUCAGGAAGCUGAGGAGACAGAAACCCGACCGCGACUGACCGCCAACUGGCAAUCAAGCGUCAAAAAGGAAUCUCAAAACGGACAGGGAAGCAGUCAAUCUUCAAGCUUCAGCAGCAACGUGACCGGAGCCUCUCUCUCAAAAUCGAGGAUGGCCACUAUCUCUCAGGUCCCCUCAGGCCCGCCCUUCAUGCAAGCGGAGAGCACUUCAACCUCACCGCCUCAAGAACUUUCCCAGUCCCAGGGCAACUCGGAACCGACAGUCUCGAAGUACGCCACUUCGCAGACACAUGGAGCUGCCGCCGCACCAUCAAUCAAAGCCAUUCCCAGACCUGUCGACCAGAAUUUGGCUACGGGUUCAUCGUCGUUCAAGGCGAUCAAUACGCCAGCUGCAUCCGGAUCCCUGUCCUUGAAGUCGGCCAAGGCUUCGCAAUAUAUGCGGCCGUCUGCGACUGCGGGCAGCAAUGUUCCCUCCCAAAUUCCGUCGUCGCAGAAGACUCCGGGUCGCCAGCCAUUACUGACAAAAACAGCUGCAGCAAGCCCGCAGCCUUCUAAUGGCGACAAUAUUUCAUUGCCUGACAUCGCUAGUGAUAGCGAAGACGAUGACUCCGAUUUUAUCCCUCCAAAUUGGGCACAGAGUCCUAACCUUCGCGACCUGCUCGUCCAACAGCAAUUGGUGAAUCCCGAAGAGGUCUUUGGGCCCAUUGCUCCAUUGCACAUGGAAGAUAUCUUUAGAAAUGAAGCUCGGCAUCAUCGAUUCCGCAAUCGUACAAGCAGUGCAAACUGGAGUGGUAAUGAUCGGCUCACCGAGGAUGACAUAAGAAAAGACCUUGCUGCUAGAGAAAGACUCUAUCGCGAUGGCGGAUGGACAUAUGGCAUGUAG